CACUAUCCUUAUCCUCCUAAAGUAAAAUAUCUCUCUUUUUCUCUCUCUUUCUCUCUCUGGGUAUGCGUGUGGAGUGAAGAUGGCCUUUGCUGGGUUUGCUUCAUCUGGCCUUCUUCCCUUCCUGAUAUGGUGAGAAGGAACCGAAAGGCGAAGAAGAAUACGACCCAUCACUGAGUCCCGGGAGUAAGUACAGGAGAUGAAGGCAGAUGCAGAAGCUUCGGGUUCGGGCCCACAAGAAGCAGCCGAAUCACGGCAGAGCACCAAUACCACCACCGCCACUGAGGCCGUUCGGCGCUCGUCGCCGCCUCGUCCAGCUGGAGCCGCCCCGAACGGCAACACCGAUCAAGACAUCGAGAAAUUGAGGAAUUCAGCUGGUAGGCAAGCUUCUAUUCCUAUGGGGGAGUCCAAUGGCGCAAGUUAUGUGACCAUCCAAGAAGUGCCUUCUUCGCCUAGGGUGGAUAACUUUCGAAAGGUAUCGGUCCUUCCUCUUAUUUUCCUCAUCUUUUAUGAGGUCUCCGGUGGUCCUUUUGGGGUUGAGGAUAGCGUUGGAGCUGCUGGUCCUCUCUUAGCCCUUCUGGGAUUCUUGGUCUUUCCGUUCAUAUGGAGUGUCCCUGAGGCGUUAAUCACAGCUGAAAUGGGCACCAUGUUCCCCGAGAAUGGUGGUUACGUGGUAUGGGUUUUGUCUGCGCUCGGUCCCUUCUGGGGAUUUCAGCAGGGCUGGAUGAAGUGGCUUAGUGGGGUCAUAGAUAACGCCUUGUACCCAGUGCUAUUCCUUGACUACUUGAAAUCGGGGAUCCCUGCUUUGGGUGGCGGGUGGCCUCGGGUAGUUGCAGCAUUAGCUUUGACGGUGCUUCUUACAUACAUGAAUUAUAGGGGUCUGACCAUUGUCGGAUGGGUCGCGAUUACACUAGGGGUUUUCUCGCUUCUCCCCUUUGUGGUUAUGGGGUUUCUGUCGAUACCCAAGUUGGAGCCGUCUAGAUGGUUGGUGGUCAAUCUACAUGAUGUAGACUGGAAUUUGUACUUGAACACACUGUUUUGGAAUCUAAACUACUGGGAUUCGAUAAGCACACUGGCUGGAGAGGUCAAGAACCCGAAGAAAACUCUUCCAAGGGCUCUCUUCUAUGCUCUGAUCUUGGUUGUUCUCGGAUACUUUUUUCCACUUUUAAUUGGAACUGGUGCUGUUCCACUUGACCGUGAGCUUUGGACAGAUGGGUACUUCUCCGAUAUUGCCAAAAUCAUUGGGGGUGUUUGGUUAAGGUGGUGGGUCCAAGCAGCCGCGGCCAUGGCCAAUAUGGGAAUGUUUGUCGCUGAGAUGAGCAGCGACUCUUUCCAGCUAUUGGGCAUGGCUGAGCGGGGCAUGUUGCCUGAAUUUUUCGCCAAGAGGUCUAAACACGGAACCCCUUUGAUUGGAAUUCUGUUCUCGGCUUCUGGCGUGAUUCUGCUUUCAUGGCUGAGUUUCCAAGAGAUCGUUGCUGCAGAGAACUUCUUGUACUGUUUCGGGAUGAUCUUGGAGUUCAUAGCAUUUGUGAAGUUGAGGAUUAAGUAUCCUAAUGCAUCUAGGCCUUUCAAGAUACCGGUUGGGACAAUUGGAGCAAUCGCUAUGUGCAUUCCUCCAACUAUACUAAUAGGCAUUGUCCUUGCUCUUUCUACCCUCAAGGUUGCAAUUGUGAGCCUCGUGGCUGUGGUAAUUGGUUUCAUAAUGGAACCAGCUCUCAAGUACGUUGAGAAGAAGAGGUGGUUGAAAUUCUCAGUCAAUUCCAAUCUUAUAGAUCUCAAUAAUGACACUAGUCAGGAGAGCACUGUUUCGUUGGUGGAUUAGAUCACUGGUCAUCAUUUCAUCAUAUGCGAAAGUCCAACAAGGCAGUUUCAUCAGUUUGAUGCAAAGACACACUUCAAUCUAAAUGCUUCACUUGCGAGUUCAUGCAUUUGGAGAAAAUAUUGAUGGAGAGCAAACAUGCUCAAAAGCUCUUUUAUCUCAAACUGGCUUUGCAUGGCAAAGCUCUGCCAGCCGUGGCAGAAUCUAUUUUAUCGCUUGAGUUUUAGAGUGAUGAUAGAUGAGGGAAAAAUUGGUUGCCAAAAGAAGAAUAGGCUAAGCUUGUUUAGUUUGUAUUUGUAAUUUUGUAGCCUAAGCAUCCAUCUCAAUGCAGCAUCAGAAGAAAUAUUUGAGAAUUAUUGAUGUAGUUUUAUAAAUAUCAUGUAGAGAUCAUCAUGGUGGGUUGUGUUCAGCUUACGCCACUUGUGAUGGUUUUCCAGUGCAAAUACUCAUUGAAGUGAA